GACUUGCCAUUGGACGAACAGACUGACUGCUUGGCCUAUGACUCCGCCUGGGAAAUUCCAAAAGAAGCGCUAAAAUUAGAAUCAGUUCUGGGUCAGGGAGCUUUCGGGAAGGUCAUGAAAGGUCGUCUGUAUCACGAUAAAAUCCCCAGCCAGAUAAAUUUGAAUCAGCGAGUCGUCAACCAAUCAAAAUCGAGCACGCUGGUGGCAGUAAAAAUGGUGAAAGACGUCUACAAUCACGAGCAAGUUCGUUCCUUGCUAUCAGAGCUCAAGAUAAUGAUCCACAUUGGCUCGCACAUCAACAUCGUCAACCUCCUUGGAGCCGUCACUACGCAACUAAACAAAGCCGCGAUGGCGAGCGAUGAUGAAGCUUCCAGGGGGAAUAACAACAACAACAACAACAACAACAACAACAACAACAACAACAAUAGUAAUAAUUUGAAUGUUGAGUUGACAAAGAAGGAUCUACUGAGUUUUUCAUUUCAGAUAGCCAGAGGAAUGGAGUAUCUGGCCUCCAAGAAGCUUAUACAUAGGGAUCUAGCGGCGCGAAACGUUUUAGUGGCCGGCGACAAUGUCGCCCCAGUCCCGAUCAAGUGGAUGGCUAUUGAGGCACUGACGCACAAACUCUAUACAUCUCAGAGUGACGUGUGGUCGUUUGGAGUUUUAAUGUGGGAGAUCUUUUCAUUCGGCGGAAAUCCGUACGCGGGAAUCGACAUGAAUGAAGUAUUCGUUAAGAGGUUGAAAGCUGGAUUGAGAUUAAGUAAACCGGAAGUCUGUGACUCUCAAACAUACGAAGUGAUGCUCUCGUGCUGGAGGGAGAGCCCAGAUGACCGACCGACCUUUCGUGACCUUGAAAAAUCAUUAUCCAGUAUUUUGCAAUCAUCAUCAGGAGAUGUGCGGAUAGAUGGAUGGAUGGAUGAGUGA